AGCUUAGUUGGUUCGAACAUGUUAUCUUGAUUAGGCAGUGGUGGUAAAACCCGCCAUUGUCGGGUUGAUCAACGUGCGAAAUAUGCAUCAUAAACCUGUUGGUAUGCCUGAUAGUCUCUUAUAAUACUAACGAAAUCGAAAACAACGCAGGUUUACAAACGACAACAAAAGUGACUAUACAUACCUGUGAUACCCGUUAUGUGUGUGCAUGACAACUACCUGUUCUACUUCAAAAAAGCAUGCCUUUCGUCACAAAACAGCGUUUCUGUGAACAGUUUACGCGCUGCGUUCACAUAUAAUAAACGAUUUUUCGAAAUGAUCCAGUAUAUUGUGUUCACUUUGAUUGCCCUGGUCAUAGAUUCAGGAGAAUCUCAAACUUUCCAAAACUACGAAGUGGCUCAUAUUGGUUUGAUAGGAUGGACCAAUCCCAACAACGGAAUCAUUGUGUUUGAUUGCACUGGGUCCUACAUUGGUAAAAACGUGAUUAUGACCGGCGCACGUUGUUUGGAUCGAAAUGGUACUCGGGCGGAUAUUGUUCGACUUGGAACUGCUAUGGGUACACCACGGGAUUUCCACAUCGAGAACAUAACGAUCCAUUAUAGAUAUGAGGCAGAAUACUACUAUCAUAAUAUGGCCCUAAUUUUUCUCAAAGAGAACCCACAGUCUGUAUCGAAUAAGUUCAAGCCUGCAUGCAUUUUGUCGGUACAACCAUCGAUUGACACCAAGGUUUAUGUGCUUGGCAGAGACUCCGAUGGAGUGUAUCAGAAAACCCCAGUAGAACUUGUCACAUCCGAUAAAUGUCACGAAUAUUAUACACCAACAAAAAAAUUCAAGUAUGGCGCUUUACUAGUUUGCUGCAUGUGUGCUCGUAACGCUGCGACAAAUAAUUGCGCGACUGAACUCUCGUCUCCCAUGCAAACUAUCAUGACAAAGAACGGAAAACACGUGCCUUUCUUGGUAGGCCAAAAAACAAUAGGAAAAUCGUGCGGCUCGAAAAUACCUGGUAUCUACACUCGUCUGAGCUCUGAUGGUCACUUUCCGUGGAUAACGACUGUUAGUGCAAUGAAUUUCAAGGAUCAUGAAGUCUGCAUCGAGCGGUAUUGAAUGGAUGGAGGUUUAAGAUAAUUUAUGGGAUUUGGUACUGCACAACAGUUCCGUUAGAGACGAAUACCCCAAAUGUUCUUCGUUAUUGUUUAGUACUAGCUGCUCUGCACACUAUCUUUAACAAGUAUUCAAAUCAGAGUAUGCAAUCAAAUAUAUUGAACUUAUAUUAAGCUACUAAA